AUGUUUACCUACAAACCUCAUUUUCUCACUAUUAGCAAAAGAAGCACUCAAGUAACGAGAUCGAUUUUUGUUCGCCUGAGCUCUUCUUCCUCUUCUUCAGCUACCAAAUUGGAAAAUGCAGUCGAAAAAGACAAGGCUGCUGCGAAGCCAUCAACAAAUAAUAAUGGGGAACAACAGCAGCAACAACAGCAACAACCCUUUCAAUUAGCAGCAGACAAAGCCAAGAGCACCAAGAUUCCAUUUAUGCCUGUCAUCAAUAUUCCAGAAACUGAAUUUGCACACCAUUCAUUCUUUUCGCUCCAUAGACCUCUGUUGGGCUUAUCUGAUGACGAUGAGAAGCCUUUCUUCAACAGCAAAUCGAUUGAAGAACAGGAUCAAGAAAAACUCGAUGAUGUAUUAGCUAGUUACAUGAUGAAUUUACAACCUUUUGUGGAACCAGCUGCACCCGGUGCUGAAUUAAUAGAUCAACAGACAUCGCAAACACAAUCAGUGCAAGUCGAUGUAGAAGAUGAGCAACAACUCGAACGGGGCGUUUCAUUCAAAAUUAUAGAAAACGAGGAAUUUAUUGACGAUUUCAUGUCAAACGAUUUCUUGGCUGGUCAAGCUGAACAACAACAGCAAGAGGAAGGCAUUAUGGAGCCAAUGCUCAGUUCCAGUUUGCCAAUGUACCAUAUGCCUGCAAGUGGAGAUGUGCUGGAUUAUCUCACAUCUGUCGAGUCCAACAUGAAGAUAGAGCAUGCCAAACUGGAUGCAGAGGAGAACGCUAGAGCAUUAAGGUUGAAGAAGUUAGAGAUGAUCGAUAGCUCGAAACGACACAGCCAGAGCAAGCCAAGAUUUUAUGCCGUCAGUAAUAAUAGAAAUGUACAUUCGAGAUUACGUCGCUAUCAGCAGAAAUGGAAUUUAAAGGAUUAG